AUGUCGGCAUUUAUGCAAGCUCUACUGGUUUUUGGUGGUUUUUACAUCAACCUCCACAGUGUACCCAUGUGGAUGCGACCAUUAUCUGCGCUCUCUUUCUUCAAGUACAGCUUUGAAGCAUUGCAAAUCAACCAAUGGACGGAGAUCACUUAUAUAAAAGGAUGUACUGGAUUGCUCAGCCAUGGUAAUAACACAGUUUAUUGUCCGAGCGAGACUGGAUUAGGACUGUUGCACAAGCGUGGUAUGGAGGGUUCGUUGAUAGUGAAUAUGCUGCUGCUGAUAUUCUUCAUUUUCAUGUAUCGCGUAAUAGGCCUGGUCGCUCUGGUUCUCAGAGCAAGAUUGACCUAA